AUGACCGAGCUGGACGAAGCCGUUCUGCUGGGUGAGGCUACCGAUCAACACGAUGGCCCGAUUGAUGAAAAUGAGUUGCUAGACGAGAAAGUGCUGAAAGAGGAGGAUCCGGAUGAUUUGUACGAGGAGGCGAUAGCGCCGACCAGCCAUCAGGAGGAACCUGCUAAGCUAGUAGACUCUCCAGUCGCCGUAACUGCUCCAGUGGUUGCCACGAAGCCAGCAGCCGCCCCGGAAGGCAGAAAGUACUGUUGCUAUAUUGGAAAUCUUCUCUGGUACACCACAGAUGCUGAUUUAUUGAAAGCCAUCGCCUCUACAGGCCUCUCCCGCUCCCAGUUCGCCGAUAUGAAGUUUUUCGAGAAUCGAACUAAUGGACAGAGUAAGGGAUAUGCGUUGUUGGUGUUGAAUUCGGAUGCUGCUGUCAAGCAGAUCAUGGAGACGCUUCCAUCAAAGCCAAUACACGGUCAAAGUCCAACAGUUCUCGCCUAUAAUAAGACAAAUCAGGCGAAGCUGGAAGAGGUUCAAGCUAAGAAUCAAACUAGGCCAGAUGUGAAGAAGAAGACCUUCGAAGAUGGAUGCGUCAACAUGGGAACAAUCCGAAUUGGAACUGGAAGCCAAGGAAGAUCAGGCUCAACCUCUACCUCUGGAAGAUCGGGUCCACCACCACUCAUGAUGCAACAAGUGCGCCCAACGCCACUGAUGAGCCAACAAAUGACUCAACAAGUCCCACAGAUGUCCAAUCAAAUUCCCCAAAUGCGACUUCAAAUCAAUGGCCAGCCGGUUCCGAUGGUCAAUCAACGGGCUCAAAUUCCACAGCAGGGGCUAAUGGGAACGGCGCCAAUGGGUGGUAUUACACAGCAGAUGCAACCACAGCAACCGAUGAUGAUGCCUCAACAGACACAAAUCCGUCCGGCGAUGAUGCAGCCAACAAUGGGUGUUCAGCCAAUGAUGAAUAUGGCCGCACCGCCACCAAUGGCUAAUCAGUUUGCCAAUAGACCACCACAAAUCGCUCCGAUGGGUGUAGGCGUUCAGCCGCUUAUGCAAAUGAACACAGCGAUGCGACCACCAGUCAACGGUCUUCCACCGGUUCAUGUGAAUCCUCAGAUGUUCCCUGGAAUCCAAGGACCAAGUCUAUCAGAAGCCGAGUUUGAAGACGUCAUGAAUCGCAAUCAGACAGUUUCAUCGUCGGCUAUAGCUCGAGCUAUCACCGAUGCUUCUGUUGGAGAUGUUAAAGGCGCAUCGGAAACGCUUCUCACUGCUAUUGCGUUGAUCAAGAAUAGCAGAAUAGGUCACGAUGAGCGGUGCAGACAGUUGAUUUAUGGAUUGGAGCACACUUUGAAGGGACUGGAAUCCAAGGGAUACUCCUCAAGAUCCUCCAAAUCGCAUCGUGACAGAUCCAGAAGCCGUGAGAGAGAUCGCAAGAGAAGAAGACGCAGUCGCACUCGCUCUCGCUCAUACUCUCGCUCCCCAUCGCCACGCCGUCGUCGUUACUAG